AUGAAAGGGAAAAUGAAUAUGUGUUUGUUUUUUUUCUAUUCUAUAUUAUAUGUUGUAUUAUGUACCUAUGUAUUAGGUAUAAGUGAAGAGUAUUUGAAGGAAAGGCCCCAAGGUUUAAAUGUUGAGACUAAUAAUAAUAAUAAUAAUAAUAAUAAUAAUAAUAGUAAUAGUAACGAUGCGAUGUCUUUUGUAAAUGAAGUAAUAAGGUUUAUAGAAAACGAGAAGGAUGAUAAAGAAGAUAAAAAAGUGAAGAUAAUAUCUAGACCUGUUGAGAAUACAUUACAUAGAUAUCCAGUUAGUUCUUUUCUGAAUAUCAAAAAGUAUGGUAGGAAAGGGGAAUAUUUGAAUAGAAAUAGUUUUGUUCAAAGAUCAUAUAUAAGGGGUUGUAAAGGAAAAAGAAGCACACAUACAUGGAUAUGUGAAAAUAAAGGGAAUAAUAAUAUAUGUAUUCCUGAUAGACGUGUACAAUUAUGUAUAACAGCUCUUCAAGAUUUAAAAAAUUCAGGAUCUGAAACGACUGAUAGAAAAUUAUUAAGAGAUAAAGUAUUUGAUUCAGCUAUGUAUGAAACUGAUUUGUUAUGGAAUAAAUAUGGUUUUCGUGGAUUUGAUGAUUUUUGUGACGAUGUAAAAAAUAGUUAUUUAGAUUAUAAAGAUGUUAUAUUUGGAACCGAUUUAGAUAAAAAUAAUAUAUCAAAGUUAGUAGAGGAAUCAUUAAAACGUUUUUUUAAAAAAGAUAGUAGUGUACUUAAUCCUACUGCUUGGUGGAGAAGGUAUGGAACAAGACUAUGGAAAACUAUGAUACAGCCAUAUGCUCAUUUAGGAUGUAGAAAACCUGAUGAGAAUGAACCUCAGAUAAAUAGAUGGAUUCUGGAAUGGGGGAAAUAUAAUUGUAGAUUAAUGAAGGAGAAAGAAAAAUUGUUAACAGGAGAAUGUUCUGUUAAUAGAAAAAAAUCUGACUGCUCAACCGGAUGUAAUAAUGAGUGUUAUACCUAUAGGAGUCUUAUUAAUAGACAAAGAUAUGAGGUCUCUAUAUUAGGAAAAAAAUAUAUUAAAGUAGUACGAUAUACUAUAUUUAGGAGAAAAAUAGUUCAACCUGAUAAUGCUUUGGAUUUUUUAAAAUUAAAUUGUUCUGAGUGUAAGGAUAUUGAUUUUAAACCCUUUUUUGAAUUUGAAUAUGGUAAAUAUGAAGAAAAAUGUAUGUGUCAAUCAUAUAUUGAUUUAAAAAUCCAAUUUAAAAAUAAUGAUAUUUGUUCAUUUAAUGCUCAAACAGAUACUGUUUCUAGCGAUAAAAGAUUUUGUCUUGAAAAGAAAGAAUUUAAACCAUGGAAAUGUGAUAAAAAUUCUUUUGAAACAGUUCAUCAUAAAGGUGUAUGUGUGUCACCGAGAAGACAAGGUUUUUGUUUAGGAAAUUUGAACUAUCUACUGAAUGAUGAUAUUUAUAAUGUACAUAAUUCACAACUACUUAUCGAAAUUAUAAUGGCUUCUAAACAAGAAGGAAAGUUAUUAUGGAAAAAACAUGGAACAAUACUUGAUAACCAGAAUGCAUGCAAAUAUAUAAAUGAUAGUUAUGUUGAUUAUAAAGAUAUAGUUAUUGGAAAUGAUUUAUGGAAUGAUAACAACUCUAUAAAAGUUCAAAAUAAUUUAAAUUUAAUUUUUGAAAGAAAUUUUGGUUAUAAAGUUGGAAGAAAUAAACUCUUUAAAACAAUUAAAGAAUUAAAAAAUGUAUGGUGGAUAUUAAAUAGAAAUAAAGUAUGGGAAUCAAUGAGAUGUGGAAUUGACGAAGUAGAUCAACGUAGAAAAACUUGUGAAAGAAUAGAUGAACUAGAAAACAUGCCACAAUUCUUUAGAUGGUUUUCACAAUGGGCACAUUUCUUUUGUAAGGAAAAAGAAUAUUGGGAAUUAAAAUUAAAUGAUAAAUGUACAGGUAAUAAUGGAAAAUCCUUAUGUCAGGAUAAAACAUGUCAAAAUGUGUGUACUAAUAUGAAUUAUUGGACAUAUACUAGAAAAUUAGCUUAUGAAAUACAAUCCGUAAAAUAUGAUAAAGAUAGAAAAUUAUUUAGUCUUGCUAAAGACAAAAAUGUAACUACAUUUUUAAAGGAAAAUGCAAAAAAUUGUUCUAAUAUAGAUUUUACAAAAAUAUUCGAUCAGCUUGACAAACUCUUUAAGGAAAGAUGUUCAUGUAUGGAUACACAAGUUUUAGAAGUAAAAAACAAAGAAAUGUUAUCUAUAGACUCAAAUAGUGAAGAUGCGACAGAUAUAAGUGAGAAAAAUGGAGAGGAAGAAUUAUAUGUAAAUCACAAUUCUGUGAGUGUCGCAAGUGGUAAUAAAGAAAUCGAAAAGAGUAAGGAUGAAAAGCAACCUGAAAAAGAAGCAAAACAAACUAAUGGAACUUUAACCGUACGAACUGACAAAGAUUCAGAUAGAAACAAAGGAAAAGAUACAGCUACUGAUACAAAAAAUUCACCUGAAAAUUUAAAAGUACAGGAACAUGGAACAAAUGGAGAAACAAUAAAAGAAGAACCACCAAAAUUACCUGAAUCAUCUGAAACAUUACAAUCACAAGAACAAUUAGAAGCAGAAGCACAAAAACAAAAACAAGAAGAAGAACCAAAAAAAAAACAAGAAGAAGAACCAAAAAAAAAACAAGAAGAAGAACAAAAACGAGAACAAGAACAAAAACAAGAACAAGAAGAAGAAGAACAAAAACAAGAAGAAGAACAACAAAUACAAGAUCAAUCACAAAGUGGAUUAGAUCAAUCCUCAAAAGUAGGAGUAGCGAGUGAACAAAAUGAAAUUUCUUCAGGACAAGAACAAAACGUAAAAAGCUCUUCACCUGAAGUAGUUCCACAAGAAACAACUAGUGAAAAUGGGUCAUCACAAGACACAAAAAUAUCAAGUACUGAACCAAAUGAGAAUUCUGUUGUAGAUAGAGCAACAGAUAGUAUGAAUUUAGAUCCUGAAAAGGUUCAUAAUGAAAAUAUGAGUGAUCCAAAUACAAAUACUGAACCAGAUGCAUCUUUAAAAGAUGAUAAGAAGGAAGUUGAUGAUGCCAAAAAAGAACUUCAAUCUACUGUAUCAAGAAUUGAAUCUAAUGAACAGGACGUUCAAAGUACACCACCCGAAGAUACUCCUACUGUUGAAGGAAAAGUAGGAGAUAAAGCAGAAAUGUUAACUUCUCCGCAUGCGACAGAUAAUUCUGAGUCGGAAUCAGGUUUAAAUCCAACUGAUGACAUUAAAACAACUGAUGGUGUUGUUAAAGAACAAGAAAUAUUAGGGGGAGGUGAAAGUGCAACUGAAACAUCAAAAAGUAAUUUAGAAAAACCUAAGGAUGUUGAACCUUCUCAUGAAAUAUCUGAACCUGUUCUUUCUGGUACAACUGGUAAAGAAGAAUCAGAGUUAUUAAAAAGUAAAUCGAUAGAGACGAAGGGGGAAACAGAUCCUCGAAGUAAUGACCAAGAAGAUGCUACUGACGAUGUUGUAGAAAAUAGUAGAGAUGAUAAUAAUAGUCUCUCUAAUAGCGUAGAUAAUCAAAGUAAUGUUUUAAAUAGAGAAGAUCCUAUUGCUUCUGAAACUGAAGUUGUAAGUGAACCUGAGGAUUCAAGUAGGAUAAUCACUACAGAAGUUCCAAGUACUACUGUAAAACCCCCUGAUGAAAAACGAUCUGAAGAAGUAGGAGAAAAAGAAGCUAAAGAAAUUAAAGUAGAACCUGUUGUACCAAGAGCCAUUGGAGAACCAAUGGAAAAUUCUGUGAGCGUACAGUCCCCUCCUAAUGUAGAAGAUGUUGAAAAAGAAACAUUGAUAUCUGAGAAUAAUGGAUUACAUAAUGAUACACACAGAGGAAAUAUCAGUGAAAAGGAUUUAAUCGAUAUUCAUUUGUUAAGAAAUGAAGCGGGUAGUACAAUAUUAGAUGAUUCUAGAAGAAAUGGAGAAAUGACAGAAGGUAGCGAAAGUGAUGUUGGAGAAUUACAAGAACAUAAUUUUAGCACACAACAAAAAGAUGAAAAAGAUUUUGACCAAAUUGCGAGCGAUAGAGAAAAAGAAGAAAUUCAAAAAUUACUUAAUAUAGGACAUGAAGAGGAUGAAGAUGUAUUAAAAAUGGAUAGAACAGAGGAUAGUAUGAGUGAUGGAGUUAAUAGUCAUUUGUAUUAUAAUAAUCUAUCAAGUGAAGAAAAAAUGGAACAAUAUAAUAAUAGAGAUGCUUCUAAAGAUAGAGAAGAAAUAUUGAAUAGGUCAAACACAAAUACAUGUUCUAAUGAACAUUCAUUAAAAUAUUGUCAAUAUAUGGAAAGAAAUAAGGAUUUAUUAGAAACAUGUUCUGAAGACAAAAGGUUACAUUUAUGUUGUGAAAUAUCAGAUUAUUGUUUAAAAUUUUUCAAUCCUAAAUCGAUAGAAUACUUUGAUUGUACACAAAAAGAAUUUGAUGACCCUACAUAUAAUUGUUUUAGAAAACAAAGAUUUACAAGUAUGCAUUAUAUUGCCGGGGGUGGUAUAAUAGCCCUUUUAUUGUUUAUUUUAGGUUCAGCCAGCUAUAGGAAGAAUUUGGAUGAUGAAAAAGGAUUCUACGAUUCUAAUUUAAAUGAUUCUGCUUUUGAAUAUAAUAAUAAUAAAUAUAAUAAAUUACCUUAUAUGUUUGAUCAACAAAUAAAUGUAGUAAAUUCUGAUUUAUAUUCGGAGGGUAUUUAUGAUGACACAACGACAUUUUAA